AUGGGCAAAGACUCCUCUGACGUUGGCAAGGAGAUGCCUCAAGACUCCGAGAAGAGCGGCUCCCUUCUCGACAAGUCAGAAGACGCCAAGACGUCCCAUCAGCCGCCGUCGGUCGAAGACCAGAAGCCCACCGACGACGAGAAGAAGGCCGUCAAGAAGGACAAGGGCAGGGAUCAGAGUGUCGAACCCGACGUGCGUGCACCUGGCAACGGCAGUGGUCCGUCUUCCAGAUCCGGCAGUCUCGACGACGCGUCUAUGCAGAUUCAGCGGACCACGCCAACCCAGAGUGGGGCCUUCGGCCUCAACUUUGGAAGGCCGUUUUUCCUUUGA